AUGACGAUGCAGUACGGUGCCGUGCCGCCGUACGUGGCGUACCCGCAGCGCUACCCCGUUGCCGUUAGCCAAGGUGGCAUCGCCGCCAUCCCGUCUCUUAGUAAGUCACCCAUGAUCCGCGAUGUGUGGGAGGACAACCUAGAGCAAGAGUUCAGCCUCAUCCGCUCCCUCAUCAAGGACUAUCCGUAUGUUUCGAUGGACACCGAAUUCCCCGGCGUCGUAGCGAAGCCCGUUGGCAGCUUCAAGGCAACACACGAGUUCUACUACCAGACCUUACGGUGCAAUGUGAAUUUACUGAAGAUGAUUCAGCUAGGCAUCACACUGCUCAACGAGAAGGGUGAGGUACCGGAGAACUGCUGCACGUGGCAGUUCAACUUCCGUUUCUGCCUCACUGAGGACGUGUACGCGCAGGACAGCAUCCAGCUGCUGCGCCACGGCGGCAUCGACUUUGAUUACUUCGCGGAGUUCGGCGUGGAGGUGACGCACUUCGCGGAGCUGCUCAUCUCGAGCGGCCUCAUCUUAAACACCGAGAUCCGCUGGCUCGCGUUCCACGCCGGAUACGAUUUUGGUUACUUGAUGAAAGUAGUCUGCGGCAAGGACCUGCCGGAGAAGGAGGAAGACUUCCUGCAGAUCUUCCACUCGCUGUUCCCGUGCGUGUACGACAUUAAGUACCUGCUGCGCUCGACGGAGCUCUCGCACUCGCUGGGGCUGGACCACCUCUCCGAGAGCCUGCGCGUGCGCCGCUUCGGCAUGGCGCACCAGGCCGGCAGCGACUCGCUGCUCACCGGCCACUGCUACUUCAAGCUGCUGCGCGAGUGCUUCAGCGGCAACUCCCCUGUAGCAAACAACGGCGUGCUGUACGGCCUCUGCGAGGAUGCGUCAUCGGCGGCAACGCCCAGCAGCACGACGAUCCCCGGCGGUAGUGCGCACUCCUUUGCGUCCUUCGCCGUCGGCAAGAACACCGGCUUCCCCUCUACCCCGCUCACACAUACGGUGAAGGGACACAACUAG